AUGGCGCCAUCAAGAAGCAGUGGUACAAUAGCUAAUGGCCAUAGUGAAGCAAAAACAGCCCCAGCAGCUAAUGAGAAAAAGCAACCUAUUGACAGCAUCCAAUUGGAAAACUUGCUACUUCGAGACGAAGAAAUAUUUCAAACGUCUUUGAACUCGGAUGAUUAUCUAGAUAGCCUUGCCCCAAUCAUCAAAAAUGCAGUCAAGCUGAAUGAGUUGAGUGGAUUGAUAACAAAGUUGAACGACAUAGUGCAGCAGAAGGAUGAGGAAUUGAAUCAAGUAUCUAUCGAGUCCAUGGACGAAAUUAAUCAGUGCAUGCAAACGAUCGCUAGCAUACAUAAAAGUGCAGACGAUUUGAAUGCCCAGUUUCUCACUGUCAAUCAAGGCUUGAAUAAAUCUGCAUUUGAACUAAUGACCAGGAAAAAAAGCUACACAAAGUACAAGGAAGUUUGCAAUAGAAUAAAUGAAACACAUGUCGUUUUGACCGAGUGUAUUCAAGUUUUGGAGUUGAUGAACAGGAUAUUGGACUUGAUAAAACAAACCAGGUAUUUCCUGGCGUUGAAGUUGAUUGAUGAAAUGACAAAUAUCCAUAUACAAAAGGUUGAAGAGUUUAGCUUUGCUAAAAAGAUUGUUGCAUCAACACCGCAUCUAACCAAGAUGAUUGAAGACGACUCAUUUGAGAACUUGACAAAGUGGCUAUCGAUCCAUUUGGAGAGAAAGUUGCGUCCAGUGGGGGAGACUUUAUAUGAAAACCUUGCUGAAUUGCAAGAUAUUUGGAGAGACCAACAAAACAAACACGAAAUGUAUAGACCAUACAAGUUGAACUCGCCAGUUGAGUUGAGUUUGAGAGAUCCACAUUUGAAUUACGACGUGUUUGAUGAUGAGUCAUUGCAGAUACCAUUGAAUAACGUUUAUGAUGCCAUCUUGGUGUAUCUGACGUUGCAUGAGUUGGAUACUCUUCGUGAUAUUUACUACAAGGAGUGGAUGAAGAAAUAUAGUAGGAUUAUUUAUCCACUCACGUCAGCUUCAGCUAACAAAAAGGAAAUUGUUUUCAGUAACAAUGAGCUAGAUGAAUAUUUGAAGAAGAUUGCGGCAUUUUUCGUAAUGGACAAACAAUUGAACUUGAUUACAAAGUUUCAGUUGCGUACAAAUAAUCAAUCGGACGAUUUGUGGAUAUCCUUUGUGUCCAAAUUGAAGCCUGUUUUGUUGUACAAUUUAAAGAGAAAUGAUUUUUAUGAUCUUCGGGAGUUGCAUGGAUUUAAGCAGAUUGUUGGUGACUUUAUGCAAAUUAUGGAUUCGAAUGAGUAUGAUAUUGUUGAACUUUAUGAAGUGUUGAUGAUUAUUUUCAAAGACUAUUUUGCUCCAUUAGUUGUACAAGAUUUUAGAAAACAGUAUAUUGGAGCCAUGCAGAAGGAAUUGUACACUUCGUUAGAAGUUGAUGAGAGGAAAUACAAUGAUAUCAUCAAGACAUUAUUUUAUCACAGGGAUGCCCCCUUUGCGCCACGGAAAGUUAAGAAUAGAUUCCCAGUUAAGCUUCCAUUUAGUGAAGAUUAUGCAACAUUUUGCAAAAUCUUGCACAAGCUCACCACUAGAACUUUGAAGUUUAUCGACGUUUACUACAACUACGAAAUCAAUGAAAUUAUAAACAUUAUUGUCAAUGAUAUCUUUGAAGAGUUUUUGGGAGAAAAGAAGGGUUAUGGAAUAGCAUGGGAGAUUGAAGAUUUCAUACGCAAAAACUCCACAAAUAAAGAAGUUACUGCUCAAAGUUUUGUUAAUUUGGAGCACUACAUCAUAGGUUUGAUUGAGAUUGGGAAACUUCUCAAUGUCAGACUAAGACAGGAGACGGGUAUGGGAAUCCACAAUAUCGACAAUAAUGGUACAUUCACUUUAAAGGCGGUGGAGACGUUUACCAAGUUGAAGAAGUUUUCCGAAGAGACCCUUUACCAAAUGGUUGACACAAAAUUGAAUGAAUUGUUAGACUUGGUAGAGUAUGAAGAUUAUGAACCGCCAGAACUGGAGCGCAACACAGAAGCCAAUUUUUCUGUCAAAGAUUUUGCCAUGUUUUUGGAAAAUUUGUUUACAUCCAUUUUCGAAAACUUGUCACCACAAUUGCGCACGUUGGGAUUGUUUAGAGCUUAUGACUUUGUCUCGCAAUACUUUUUAGGAAUACUACACGAUGCUCCUAGAUUCAACUCGGUGUUUAUUGACAAUUUUGAUUUGGAUAUCAAGUAUCUCGAAAAAUCGAUGAAAAAAUUGGGCCGUGUGGAAGAAGCGAUGGAUGAUGCAUCGCAAGGUAAUGUUUCAAUUGAUUCUACAUUUUCAGAGUUGCGACAAAGUGUCGAUUUAUUGAAGUUGGACAAUUACGAAGAAUAUUUGAACAAUAAUACUUACAGGACAAGAAAUUUCAGUUCCAUAAAAUUUGACAAAGGUUCGCGAUUGAUUAGCAAAAUGCAAGGACGCGACGAUGCUAUAUUGGCCCGUAACCCAAGUGUCCAACGCACCCCACAACGUACCAACACCAUAUCCUCAAUCUCGCAAUCCUUGUCGAGCAGGAAUUUCUCCGGUUUACGAGGGAACAGAUAUAAUGAUGAGGAGAGCACAUCUGGGUUGAACAUGAAUAACUCCAACCCCAAUUCGAGACCAGUUUCACCAUCACAAUCUCCUCGACCAGAAGCCGGAGCAAGAGCAUCCCCGGGGUUGGCAUCAAUGACUGGAUCUCUUUCAGGUUCGAGACUUAAAAAUUUUGCAGACCGAUUCAAACAGAAUGGUCAGAAUAACGGGCAAAAUGGGGAAUAG